CUUUCUGUUCCUGGAUCUCCCAAGCAGAUCAAAGAGCCUUUGCUGAAGAGGCAUCUUUUGUCUGAAGCAUCUGUGGGUGACUGGCUUUUCCAUCCGUUUCUCAGUUCAAAAUGCCACGUGCCUGGAGGAGUCUUUGGGGAACACCAGACGUGAUGUAGCCUCAGGGUUACCCUGUUCUGGUUCCGAUGGGUGUUUCUGUCCCCGGACGAGACCUCCUCAUCAUGGGGGGCACGGUGGCCACUGCCGGCCAGUUCGCCAAGUGGUUCUUCGGCGUGUACUCCAUCGUGGCAGGCGUGUUUGUGUGCCUGCUGGAGUACCCCCGGGGGAAGAGGAGGAAGGGGUCCACCAUGGAGAGAUGCGGACAGAAGUACCUGACCCAAGUGGUGAAGGUGCUGGGCCCUCUCUCCAGGAACUACUACGUCCGCGCCGUCCUGCACCUGGGGCUCUCAGUACCUGCCGGCUUCCUGCUGGCCACCCUCCUGGGGACAGCCUGCCUGGCCAUCGCGAGCAGCAUCUAUCUGCUGGCGGCCUUCCACGGAGAGCAGUGGACCCCCAUCGAGUCCAAGCCCAAGGAGCGGCCGCAGGUCGGGGGCACCAUCAAGCAGCCGCCCAGCAACCCCCCACCCCGGCCCCCGGCUGAGGCCCGGAAGAGGCCCAGUGAAGAGGAGGCCGCGCCGGCAGGGGUCCCCGGGGGUCCCCAGGAGAACCCGGUCCUGGUGGUCGAUGAGGUCGUGUGACGGGCGUCUCCACCAUCCCCCGCGCGGCUCCCAAAAUAAACCAAGGAGAGCAGACUCCCUGACUCCCCACGUGUACACCGCA